GCUCCAGCAGAAGGCGAGGCAAAGGAGGAGCCAAAGAGAAGGUCCGCCAGGCUAUCCGCUAAACCUGCUCCACCCAAACCGGAGCCAAAGCCCAAAAAGGCAGCACCGAAGAAGGAAAAAGCAGCAAAUGAUAAAAAGGAGGACAAAAAGGCAGCAACAAAAGGGAAGAAAGGAGCCAAAGGCAAAGAAGAAACUAAACAAGAGGACGCUAAAGAAGAAAACCACUCUGAAAACGGAGAUACCAAAACUAAUGAG